AUGAAUUGGAAAGUAUGUCAUUGUCAGGGUAUUCCAGAGCUGGAUGUGCCUGGGAUAGAACCUUUGAGCCUGGGUCAGAUCGCACUCGCCAGGGGACCGCAAGGUGCCAAGUUGACGGCGGUGGUCAACGAUGUCAAGGUCCGGGGUCCCAGCAACUUUAAAAUAACAGAAUUGAAAUCUGAUUUGAAUAGGAACAGAUUUGAUUUCAAGCUGCUGCUACCGAAAUUAGAAUUCGCGGGAAAAUAUAAAAUGGACAUUCAAGUGCUGCUCCUGCGUCUCCAAGGAAGAGGGAAUAUUACAGGAUCUUUUAAGGACUACGCGUGCAACGUAACAAUGAGAGGCCACAAAGAGACAAGAGAUGGCAAGGAGUAUCUAAAAUUUGAACCUAUGAAAGUGAAGCUGCGCGUUGGUGAUUCAUCAAUCUACCUGACAAAUCUCUUCGACGGAGAUCCAGUGUUGGGACCCGCUACCAACAGGGUUAUCAAUGAAAACUCCCAAGUCUUCCUCUCAGAAAUCAGCCCAGUCAUGGAAAAAAGUCUAGCCGACAUCUUUACAGAGAUAUCGAAUAAAAUAACAUCGAAGUUUACGUAUCAAGAAUUAUUCCCAUAA